AACAUAAUUUUGGUCGGAGGAAGAGACUGAGCUAGCGUGUCUGGACGUCUCUGUUGUAAUACUAUGUGAGUUAAUUACCGAAUUGAGCUAACGUAAGUUGCUGACAGCCAACCUGCACCAUGUCUGACUACAUGAAGAUAGCCGGGGCCAUCUUCCUCCCUAACCUCGGGGGCUUUGCGUCGAGCAUGGCCCAGGGUCCCGAAAAGAUGGCCUGGUACGACACCCUGAAGAAGCCCUGGUGGACCCCACCCAAGAAAGCCUUUGCCCCCGUCUGGACGUCCCUCUACGCGGCCAUGGGGUACUCCUCCUACCUCGUCUGGAAAGAUGGCGGUGGAUUUGAAGGUGAUGCCAUGGUCCCACUUGCUACCUAUGGGGCAUCGCUAGCUCUAAACUGGGCCUGGACUCCAGUGUUCUUUGGAUUACAUAAGAUGGGAUUGUCUGUAACCAUCAUCCUAGCCUACUCUGGAAUGACUUGCGUCAACAUGGCCCUGUUCUACCCCAUCAAUCGGACUGCAUCCAUGCUCCUUCUUCCUCUUCUCGGCUGGCUAUCCCUCGCGUCCAGUAUCAACAUUUACACCUGGCUAAACAACAGAGAGACCAAGAAGGAAUGAACCGGCUUUGAUUGAUUGCUGGUGUAAUGUAAACAUGGACAUAUUUGUGUGAUGAGUUUGUGUGUAGUAGAGAGGGUGUGUUCUCACUUUCUGAUUUUGCCGGAUGGACCAUGUUCGUUGCAAAGGUUAAACUUGCUUCUGAUCAUAGGGUUUAUGCUAUGUAAAGUGCUAGAAAUAUCAUUAUACAUAAGCCUAAGGUGAUGAGUGACUCUUUGCAGCACUGUCAGAUUUUUAAUUUCACUUUCCCUAAGAAAUAGAUGUGAAGAGGCUUUCUAACCAAUGCACAAAUAGUAUUGUCACACAAAAUUGUCCAUGUUUACAACAAAAUGUUUGAUAAAGUACUGUAUGAAAUUAUCAUGUUUUUAUGUCUAGAAUGUCAUAUUGAUCAAGGGAUCAUUUGGCUUAUAUUUUGGUCUGUAAUAAAUGGAGUGCAAUCCACAAAGAUGCUAUUUCUGAUGGCAUCAAUUGAUAAGCAAGUAGAAAACAAUCAUCAGUAUUGAACUCUUUAUAUUUCGUCGUCAUCUGGUGGAGAAUUAAAUUGUUUAAGUACUGAAGUACAUACAUAAGC